GUUCUCCCUUCAAAGUUGCCGAAUAACCCCUCAUAUGAUGACUCGUGGGAGGAGCAAGCGUUUGCUGAGGACGCAGCUGGGUCGCUUGGAGGGUGCAUAUGGCCUCCGCGAUCUUAUUCUUGCAGCUUCUGUAGGAGGGAAUUCAGGUCAGCUCAAGCUCUUGGUGGUCACAUGAAUGUCCACAGGAGAGAUAGGGCGAGAUUGAAGCAAUCUCCAGUUCCCCAGAGUGAAAUUCUUCAUCCUGAGCAUCAAAAUCACCCUAAUCACAUUCGAGAGUCAAUGCCACACUUGGGUUUCCCUUCUCGUCCUCAGCUUUGCACCUUGUUUUAUAACCCUAACCCUAAUUCUAUCCGACCAGGUGCUUUCAUUUCUCCUACCUCAGCAUCACCUUCUAGGGUUUCCUCUCCGCUGAUUGAAGGUGUUUACAAUGAUCGCUCCACGGUCAUUAACCCUUAUUACUCUUCCCUUACAAGUGAAAGCCGUGCUCAGACCACGAUGUCCUGCUUGCCGUCUAGAUCAAAUUUGCUCGGUGAGAAAUGUUGCCGUAUUGUUGAUGCUGAUCUGAUAGGAGAGAACUCCAGCACGUUACAUAGAGAAGGAGAAAGGGCUAAAGAUCUUGUGAAGACAGAUAUGUCGGUGAGCUUAAACUUAUUCAUCCAGAGUCGACCAACUCUUUCUAGUUGCGAUGAAGAGGCGAUUAGUCGCAAGAGAAAGAGAACUGAUGCUUCAAAUUUGCCAUUCUUUCUAAAACCUAGCGCAGUGGUCAGGCAUCAUGUCCAACCAGCUGAGGUAUGUGAAAUAAGCCCUCGCCCCAUAGAAGACUUAGAUCUUGAGCUUCGGCUUGGCGACCGGCCUAAGGUAAAUUUGCAGAGCUGAAGUGUUUGAGUGUUUGUCGUUCUUGUGUUUAUGCAUUUCUAUUUGGGUCUUCUUCCUCACCUUCUUUCUCGCUUUGAUCUGGAAAGGUUGAAGCUUCUUCACUUUGAAAGUGAUUACUUGACUCUGUACGUAAAGUGUAUUGGAUUUUACAUGGUGUAACAAAAUCAACAAGGAAAGCAAUUGCAGAA